CUCUACAACGAGAACAGCACCAGCUUUGAUCUUUCCGCAUGGGUUUGCAUUAGUCAGCAAUGUCAGAGUUUUCAAUCAGUUUGGAAUGAUGUUCUCAUGCAGCUACAGCAUCAAAACACGAAGGAUGGGCCAAAAAUAAGGGACGAUGUUACAAGUUUGAGCGAGUGGGAGUUGAAGGAGCGACUAUGCAAGAUACAAAAAGAGAAGCGAUGCCUCAUUGUUUUUGACGAUCUUUGGGAAACUUCUUAUUGGGAUGGCUUCAAGCAUCCCUUCUAUGUCCAAGAUUUGCAGAGAAAAAUCUUGAUCACCACGCGCCAACGGGAAGUCGCGGAGAUUGGAUGCCCUGUCAAACUUGGGUUUCUAAAAGAGGAAGAUGCUUUGGAAUUACUCAAGAAGAAAGCAUUUCCCCACACCAACAUUCCAGAGUUUGCAUUGGAAGAUAAUUUUAAGAAAAUUGGGUAAGAAAUGGUGCAAAAAUGUGGGUAUUUGCCGUUGGCAAUUUCUUUACUUAGUGGGGUCUUGAGAAUGAAAAAUUCGAUGAAGGAGUGGGAGUUAGUAAAUGAGGAUAUCAAAGAAUUCAUAUAUAGAGGUGAAAGUGAGAUUGAUGGAGUGUUAAAUUUAAGCUAUGAAAGUCUACCCUAUUAUUUGAAGUCUUGCUUUCUCUAUAUGGGUAUAUUUCAAGAGGAUGAAGAUAUAGAUGUUGACGAUCUAUAUCCGAUGUGGAUAGCACAAGGCAUGAUUUCAUAUGAGAAUAUUGGAGACAAGGACAAAACGUUAUAUGAAAUCGCGGAGCUCUACUUGGGUGAGUUGGCCUCCAGGUCCAUCGUCCAAGUCGAAAUUUACGAUGGUGUCACACCUAGAAGAAAAUAUGAGACAUGCAAACUUCAUGAUGUAGUAAGAGAACUAUGUUUGAAAUUGGGGAGAAGUGAGGAUUUUGGAACGCAGAGUUUGGAGUAUCAAAGUGGGAAAGUUUCCUCGCAUAGGAAAAUACGGCAUUUGGCUAUACAUUUCAGGAAGGAAGUUCAAGUAGAACCUGACGAGCUUACACUCACUUGGGGAGAAGAUAGUAACGAACAUUUAAGGUCUCUUCAAAUGUUCAGUCACAUAAAUUCGGGUGUUGUUGAGUUUCCCCCGCAAGGUAUCGUUGAUUUUCAUAAAUUCAAAUUGCUGAGAGAUCUAGUUAUGGUGGGAUUCAAAUUUGAAGGAAGAAAGUUAUCGAAAGGAAUCGCUAGUCUUGUUCACCUUAAACGUUUGUAUUUAAAAAGAUGUGAUUUUGAUAAGCUACCAUCGUCCAUAAGGAAUUUGGUAUACAUGGAUACCCUUGAUUUAACUUAUUCGAUGAAUAUUGAAGUCCCAAAUGUUUUUAAGGAGAUGCUACGUUUAAAACACUUGUUUCUUCCGAAUUAUGAUGAGGAAAGUAUUGGAAGUUAUCGAUUGACAUUGGACGAGGGAGUGAUUGAGUUGGAGACCCUGUGUCAUUUGGAUAGUAGAGUGCAUGACUUAAAAUGUAUGAACAGAAUGAAGAAUCUGCGAACUUUCUCAACAAAAAUAUACGACAACGAAAGCUUGUCAGCCAUCAUUGACGGCAUUGCUCUCAUGGAAAAGUUACUGGUUUGUUUUGUUGAAAUAAAAAAGGGUUGCGAGUUAGGAACAAAUGAGGGAAUGUUAACGCUGAAGAAGGUAAUCAAAUGUCGCAAUCUUCGUGAGUUGUGGAUUGAAGUUAAGUUAGGGAAGGCGCUGGCAGAGUGCGGGAGUGACUUCAUCAGUUCAAAACUUAUAACUUUGGUCCUGUCAGAAUGUGAGAUUGAGGAUGAUCCAAUGGGGAUACUGGGGAAGCUUCCUUGCUUGAUAUAUUUGUAUUUAUGGAGGAAAUCAUUUGUGGGGAAGGAGAUGACGUGUCCAUCAAACAGUUUUCCUUGUCUCAAGGAGCUUGUGCUAUCUCAAUUACCAAAGUUGAGGGAGUGGAGAGUGGAGGCAGGAGCCAUGCCCCUUCUCUAUGAAUUGAAGAUCUAUGAUUGUUCUAGUCUGAAGAUGCUUCCAGAUGGUUUGAGUGGCAUUUCUACUCUUCGGAAACUGAAGAUUACUCGAAUGGUGGAAAUGGGGAAGAGGGCAUUGGCAUCAGGAGAGGAUUUCCACAAAGUCAGCCAUGCCCCUUCAAUUAUCAUCCAAAACUAUUGGUGAUGACUAACUAAUCUAGUCUCCACCCGGAUGGAUUGAGCGGCAUUUCUACUCUUCGGAAACUGAAAAUCUAUUGAAUGGCGGAAUUGGGAAAGAGGGUAUCAGCAUCGGGAGAGGAUUUCCACAAAGUCAGCCAUGUCCCUUUAAUUAUCAUCCAAAACUAUUGAUGAUGACUAACUAAUCUAGUCUCCACCCGGGUAAUGCUUGCACCAAUCUCAUUCUCAAUUCCCAAUUCUUUAAUAAAGCUCGAUAAGGUUUUAAUAAAGCUCGACCCAUUCUAAAGCUUGCAUCAUCUUUCUCUUGGUUGCAGGGUACUUUCCUCCCCCCUUGGAGCUACAGUCUUGUUUCGUUUCUCUUUAAUUAUUUGCACUCUUUUCUCUGCAACCUUGUUUCGCUUUAAUCACUUAUUUUGAAAUAAAUGUGUAUAUAUUUCUUUUGU